AAUGAAAAACUAAAAAAUUAUAUCAUAAAAAUUAAUUAUAUAUUUAAGUAUUAUUUUAAUAUCAAAUAUAUAUUUGUGUUUUUAAUUAUCGAAAACAAAAAAAUCUAAUUGGAGAAAGUUUUUAAUAAACGUUUGACGAAACCUAUAAGAAAAUAGAAAUAUAAAAAAAUAAAAAUUUAUCAUUUCUUCACAUACAUUUUUUAAUUAUCAUUUGCAUUCUUAAUAUAAAUUUGAACAAUAUUUUAUUUAAAAUACUAUAGUAUUGAGCUAUCAUCCACAUCAGAUUUAUCUUCUCAAUUUUGCUGAGUAAUAGCUAAAAAGAGAAGAAAAAGAAAACGGCACAAAUUUGUUGGGAGAUAAUCAAAUAUGGAGGCAGACAAUGGUCUGACAAGUGAACAAACGGAUACGGUUCUCCAAUUUCAAGAUGUUACUGGGAUUGAAGAUAUAAACAUAUGCAGAGAUAUAUUAAUCAGACAUCAAUGGGAUCUUGAAGUUGCUAUACAAGAACAAUUAAAUAUAAGAGAAGGCCGACCUUCUAUGUAUGCAGCUAAUACAGAUAUAAGAGCACCACAAGUUGUUAAUGAUCGCUUUCUACAACAUGUAUUCUCAGCACAAUCCGGUUUGCCAGGAUUUAGUAAUGGUUCACCUAUUCCAAAUAGCUUUACAGGAUUUUUAGGCUAUAUAGUAAAUUGUGUAUUUCAAUUUUGUUAUUCAACUGUUUCUUCAGUUAUUUCAGUCUUUUUUAAAGCAAUUUUUGGGGGCCGAGAACGUAUAGUUACAGAUCCUUUAGGUGAUGUUAUGAAAUUUAUACAAACAUACAACGAAAAAUAUCCAGAUCAUGCUGUAUUCUAUCAAGGCACAUAUGCUCAAGCUUUAAAUGAUGCAAAACAUGAAAUAAGGUUCCUCCUUGUAUACCUCCAUUCAGAAACAAAUCAAACAGGUACAGAAGUCCAGCGAUUUUGUAAUGAAACAUUAUCAAAUAGAGAUGUUAUUGAAUAUAUUAAUCGAAAUAUGCUAUUUUGGGGUUGUGAUGUUUCAUCACCAGAAGGAUAUAGAGUUUCACAUUCUAUUAAUGCAAAAACUUAUCCUUUAUUGGUAUUAGUCGGCCUUAGAUCCAAUAAAAUGAUAAUAAUGGGUAGAAUGGAAGGUUAUUGUUCACCAGAGGAAUUACUGAGAAGACUGCGUGUAGUUGUCAAUGAUAAUGAAGUUUGGUUAACACAAGCAAGAGUAGAACGCUUAGAAAGAAAUUUAACACAAACAUUAAGACAACAACAAGAUGAAGCAUAUGAAUUAAGUUUAAAAGCUGAUCAAGAGAAAGAACGUCGAAAAGAACAAGAAAAAGAAGAAUGUAGAAAAGCACAAGAAGCUGAAGAGGCUAGAAUUAGAGCUGAACAAGAAAAGAAAGAUGAAAUUGCAAGACUUAAAAUUGAAUUAGCUACACGUGUGCCUUCAGAACCACCAAAAGAUUCACCUGAUGCUAUUCAUGUUGUCUUUAAAUUACCAAAUGGAGCUAGAAUUGAAAGGAGAUUUUUAAAUACAGAUUCUUUAAUUGAUGUUUAUUAUUAUAUAUUUUGUCAUCCAUCAUCGCCCGAUACAUUUGAAAUUACAACAAAUUUUCCAAAACGUGUCCUAUACACCAAAGAAUCAACACAAAAUUAUCAGAAACAAUCACUCCAUGAAGCCGGUUUAAAAAAUCGUGAAGUUUUAUUCGUUAAUGACUUAGAUGCCUAAGUCAAUUAAAAAAAAAAAAAAAAAGAGAAAA